ACGGGGCUGGAUGCGGUGAGGCUGUUGGCGUGGGCAGCUUUUGAGGAUGGGGCUAAAUACCGGAAAGUAUCUUGGCGCUGUGGAGCUGGGUGCUACUGAACCGGGGGAGCUGGGCGCUGUGGAGCCACCGGAGGGUGCCACAGGACUGCACCUGGGUGCCUGGACCUGGCAGGGGAAGGGCUCGUCUGUGCCUGGGGUGGGGCCAAAUCCGAGAUUCCCCACCCCUCGGCGGCUGUGGUGAUGUCAGUGGUCUUGUGUGUGGUGGUGGUUGCUGUCCCAUUCUCAUAGGCUCAGUGCCCCGCUGGGAUGUGGGGACGGCCGUGGGCAGGGCGAGGGCCGGAUCCCAGUGCCCCGCUGGGCAAGGGAAAAUUGCGUGUCUCUGCUGGAGCCUCAUCUCUGUGGUUGUGCUGCUGUCUGCAGGCAGGUGCCUGGGGACAGAGUGGGUCUUGCUCUGGAGCAGGCUGGCUGCCUCCCCUGUGGGUUCCCUGCCCAACAGCUCCUGCCUCUGUAGGUGAGGAAGCUUCUCCAGACUGCAGGAAGGUGCUGUGUCUUUGGAGGGAAGGGCUGACCUCAACACCUGCUUCUGGCUGCAGUGUCUUGUCUUUUACCACACUGACAACACAGGGAUGUGUGCCACCCAAAGGCUGCACUGCAGGAGGUUGUUGCUCCACUUUGCACCUGCUGAGUUUCAAGGAAAAGCUCUUGGCAAGCCAAAGGGGAAAUGUGGAGAAGAGGGUGGUGCAGGGGUUUGCAUGUCCCACCUCUUCUCUACCAGGGUAUAGAAGGUCUGGGCAGGAGCCAUGCCUGUGACCUAGAAUGGGCUGCUGGGUCUGGUGUCCUCAUAUCCAGUAGCUCCCAACUGUGGGGUCAAACCCACACUCCUCAGGCAGGGUGGAGGAGAGCCCUGGCUCCUUUGGGCAGCUCAUCUGGAUGCUGCAGCUUCUGCCCUCACCCUCCCUGCUACUCCCCAGGGGCUGUGCUGGUGGGCACAGCAAUGCAGAGAGAUGAUCCCUGCUGGAGGGACUCUGAGCUCUAGCACCAGUGCCUGGCACCAGACCAAGGCGAGUGCUUGGCCCAGGCUCAAAACGUGCCUUGGCAGGACCCUGGGGCAGCCUCGCUGCUUAAUAUUGAUGGGUACUGCCUGCACGGAGGCCUGGGGGCCCCAGCCCUGCAGAUUGUUUUCCCGUGUGCUGAGCCAGAUCGGGUUCCUCGACACUCCCAGCAAAGCUCUUGGGCAGGAUAAGGGGCUCAGCAGGCAGGGGAAUGCCGGCCCGGGGCUGUCCCCGGGGCCCUCAUUUGCUGGUGUGUGGCACUGUUCAAGGAUCCAGGCGAGGAGAAGUAGGAAGUGUUGGGACUCUUGGAGUGAGGCUGUGAGGUUGGGAAGGGCACAGGGUGGCCUCCGCAACUUGGUCCAGAAGCUGAGGUGAAGGGAAGUAGCAUCCUUCUCUUUGGGGUUAAGGAGGGACUAGGGGAGGACGGGUAAUCCUUUACUGGCUCUUCCACGUGUUUCUUGUGUGGAUUCCCCUGUUCCUGAACAUGUUGGGAAGGGCUGGGAAAUGGCCCAGCAUCCUGGAUGCUCAUGCCUUCUCUGGUUUCCUCUGAGUCAGACUCUCCGUGUCACUCCCCCGGCCCCCUCCCCGCUGGGAAAGACGAGAUGGGACCAGAGAGCACCUGAGCCCAGAUGCUGAGGGGCCUGUGCCCCCUGCUCCGUGCAAAGAGACAUCCCAGCGACAGCAGCCCUGCAGCCUCCAGGAGCCUGGGCUCAGCUUCUCCAGCUCGGCAUCCCUGUCAGUUCAGGGAGCUGCACUACUGGCAUCAGCACGUCAAGGGAGGGGAAGCCCUUCCUGAGGGACAGCCAGGCAGCAGGGUGGCCUGCCCACGCCGAGCUCCUGUCCCCCCAGGCGUGGUGUGGCAGGGAUGAGGAGCCGGCAGCGGAUGUUUGCCGCGGUGAUGCGCCUGCUCCUCAAGUGCCUGCGGCUGGGCCGGCGGCGGCGGUUCAAGCUGGUGCGGCAGGUGGAGCAGCUGUGGCACUAUGGGCACCUCUGCCUGCGCUCCCUGCUCUACAACUCCUUUACCAACGGCGAUGUGGUGCUUGACUCCCUCUUUGAGCCCGUCUACUGGCUGGUGGACCAUGUCACCCGGUGGUUUGGCGUGGUGUUUGUGGCACUGGUGAUUGGGCUGACGAGCUCUAUUGUGGCCAUCGUGUACAUCUGCCUGCUGCCCCUCAUCCUUCAGACCUACACACCUGCUUGGAUAUGCUGGCACCUUGCCUAUGGACACUGGAACCUCAUCAUGAUUGUCUUCCACUACUACAUGGCCAUCACCACCUCACCUGGGCACCCACCACAGGCCAAGAACGACCUCACUGGCGUCUCCAUCUGCAGGAAAUGCAUUGCUCCCAAGCCGGCUCGCACCCACCACUGCAGCAUCUGCAACAGGUGUGUGCUGAAGAUGGACCACCACUGCCCCUGGCUAAACAACUGUGUGGGACACUACAACCACCGCUACUUCUUCUCCUUCUGCUUGUUCAUGACCAUGGGCUGCAUUUACUGCAGCAUCAGCGGCUGGGAAAUGUUCCGGGAUGCCUACGCAGCCAUUGAGAGAAUGAAACUGCUUGAGAAGGAGAGACUGCAGGUGGCCGCCAACCAGACAUACUACCAGACCCCACCACCCACCUUCUCCUUCCGCCAGCGAGCUUUCCACAAGAGCGUGGUCUACCUCUGGGUCCUGUGCAGCUCGGUUGCACUGGCCCUGGGUGCCCUCACGCUGUGGCACGCUGCCCUCAUCACCCGUGGGGAAACGAGCAUUGAACGGCACAUCAACAGAAAGGAGAGGCAGAGGCUGCAGAAGAAAGGCAAGGUCUUCAGGAACCCUUACAGUUACGGCAGCUGGGAUAACUGGAAGGUGUUCCUGGGUGUGGAUGUGCCAAGGCACUGGCUCACCCGUGUCCUGCUGCCCUCUCCUCACCUGCCCCACGGGACAGGCCUGAGCUGGGACCUGCCUCCCUGUGUGAUGGAGCAACAUGCGCCACUCCUGGCAAUCUGAGGCCCUGUGCUCUGGACGUCCCUUCCCACAGGCAGGGGAGCACGUGGGGACCCGCUCUACUGCUGCAGCUUCCUUUGGCCAAAGUGCCUGGCAGAAGGCUGCUGCUGGCACAUAGUGCUGACCGGAGCCAGAGCCAUGGAAACUCUAUGGACACUGUUGGUGCCUGGAUGCCUACUCUCUUGGCUCUCGGUGGCUGCAGGCAGCCCAGGGGCAAGGUGGCAGAGCUGCUGCUCCCUGCACCAGCUGAAGGUGCUGCCCUCAUUAGCACAGGUACGGGCCAGCAUUGGCUCAGCUCAGCUCUCUCUGAAGGGCUGGGUGCAGAGGAUGGCACCCCCAUCCCCCAACUGCUCCCUGGGGAGUCUUUUUAAGACCAUCCACUAAAUACUGGUUUUUUUUAA